AAACGAACGCUAUAUAACCGCGGAGUCGUUUUUCGUAUCGAAGGUACGAUUUCUGUUUUUCAAGACGUGCAAUCAAAAAAAAUGGCACCGCAAAUUAAAUAUACAAAGCUGUUCAUCGACAACCAGUGGGUGGACGCCGUCAGUGGCAAAACUUUCGAUACCUACAGCCCUCAUGACGGCUCCGUUAUCGCUAAAGUGGCUGAGGGUGAUGAGGCUGACAUCAACCUAGCUGUAGCGGCGGCAAAACGUGCCUUCCACCGUAACUCUGAAUGGCGGCUGCUAGACGCGGCGCAGCGCGGUGCCAUACUGUACAAAUUCGCAGACCUGGUGCAACGCGACGUUGAGUACCUCGCUGAACUAGAAUCCUAUAACAAUGGAGCUGUGCUGUCCUUCUCAAAAAAUAUUACUCAAUCCGGCGUACAGUCAAUCCGUUACUUAGCCAGUUUGGCUGACAAAAUUCAAGGCGACACUAUUCCCUUAAGUGGCGAAGUGUUCUCCUACACUCUGAAGCAACCCGUAGGCGUGUGCGGACUAAUUUUGCCAUGGAACGUACCUAUGUUGAUGUUCAUCAACAAAGUCGUCACUGCCCUUGCUGCUGGUUGCACGGUGGUUGUGAAACCCGCGGAGCAGACACCGCUGACUGCACUCGCGUUGGCCGCGCUAUUGCAGGAGGCCGGCGUACCGGCGGGUGUUGUUAAUAUCGUCAAUGGCUUUGGUGUCGGAGCCGGCACAGCGCUCACCCACCACCGAGAUGUCGCUAAAAUCUCAUUCACUGGAUCUAUGGAAGUAGGCAAGCUAAUCCAGCAAGCCGCGGGCGCCACCAACCUAAAGCGCGUCACACUCGAGCUUGGCGGCAAGAGUCCCCUCAUCAUCAUGAACGACGCAGACUUGAAUAUCGCUAUUCCUUACGCUGCGUUUGGUGUCUUCACUCAUCAAGGACAAAUAUGCGUUGCCGCGUCUCGUCUCUACGUCCAGUCAGACAUCUAUGAUAAAUUCGUUCAGGGUGCUGUCGAAUUCGCUAAGCAGAGGACAGUUGGAAAUCCUAAUGACCCCGCUACACAACAAGGACCUCAGAUUGAUGGAGAGAUGAUGAACAAAGUGCUUGGAUAUAUUGAGAAGGGUAAGAAGGAGGGAGCAAAGCUGAUGACAGGAGGCAAGCGCAUUGGCAACUCAGGUUUCUACAUCGAGCCGACAGUCUUUGCAGAUGUCACUGAUGAUAUGACCAUCGCCAAGGAAGAGAUCUUCGGACCCGUACAAAGUAUCCUUAAGUUCGACACACUUGAAGAGGUCAUCGACAGAGCUAAUGCCACCAACUAUGGUCUUUCUGCGGGUAUCUUCACAACCAACUUAAAUACAGCUCUACAGUUCAGCAAACACGCUGAAGCAGGAGUUGUAUGGGUUAACACUUACUUGGCUAGCGGUCCCCAGGCUGUCUUCGGUGGUUUCAAGGAUUCAGGUCUCGGAAGGGAAAAUGGUCUACACUGCGUGGACGCUUACUUGGAAGUGAAGACUGUUACCAUAAACCUGCCGAAGAAAUUUUAAAUUAUUGCAUCUCUUAUGAUUAAGUUUAAUUAUCUGUUACGUUUUAUCAGAUUUUAAU